CUCCGGAAGCAGUCCUGCGUUCCCUGGACCGACAACGUUUAUUGCAACUAAGCGCGCCAAUUGGAACGCGUGUCCGCUACUCAGUCGGGAUGCUUGAGCGCGAUAUUUUGGACAAAUCUUCAUUCAAAAGUUUACCCAAAUCCUUGUGGUAGUCAUGAUAGUAUUAUUCGCAGUUAGUUUAGUGUUCUUUAGUUUAGGUAACGCAGAUGAUGUUAUUACAGUUAAAGCUGUAUUGGGAGAAAAUGCUGAACUACCUUGCAAUGUAACGGCCGUUAACGAAGACGACAAUCUCAAUAUAUUGGCUUGGUAUAGGGAUGGAUCGUCGACGGCUUUUUAUAGCAGUCGCGACCUUCGUGGAGGUUCUGGUAAUGUAAUGUCUCCAAGCCCUCGUUACCGAUUGCUGACCUCUGAAGAGGAAGGAUUAGACACCCUGGAGAUAUUGACUAUUAUUCCAUCGGAUGCAGGAAUAUAUCACUGUCAUGCUGAUUUCUCAAAGAGUCCGACUCGUAAGAGCCAUGUGUUAUUGGUUGUAAUAGAACCACCACAAAAGUUGUGGAUAAUUCACGAGAAUGGGACUCGAGUGGCCACUGCCAACGCAGGCUCUAACACAAGUAGAAAUAUUGGUCCAUACUACAUCGGAGAUACCAUAGAUUUAAUUUGUGUUGCAUUCGGAGGUAAACCCCAACCAAGUCUGUCGUGGUGGUCGGAACAGCAAAUGCUGAAAAAUACAUCAACGGUACUUUCUGAACUACGAGUGCGUAGCGAUUUACAUUUCGGGCCGUUGGCUCGUGAACACCAUGGCAGAAUCUUCACAUGCUUCGCUCAGAAUAACGACGAGACACCACCUUUAUCUAUCGAUAUUUCUAUUGAUAUGUACUUACCUCCAGAGCUGGUGUCAAUACACGUGGGUGACAAAGAUUCAGUGUUUGGUGGGCGCGCACGCGCAGGCGAUGUCCUAACAAUGGAGUGCCGUGUCUUCUUCGCCAGACCGUUGCCAACUGUCACAUGGCGCAUAAACGAAUCGAAACUGACCACUCCAGAACAGAAUACAAUAGUAGAACCAACCCAACAGCGAUUAGUAAAUGAAAUCCGACUCAAUGUUACCCCAGAAUUUGAUGAGUCCCGUAUAACUUGCUGUGUGCCGGCCUAUCGCAGGGACUCAGAAGAGUAUAUAUGUGCGCUGGCGCAACAUUUAUCUGUGCAAUAUCGACCCCUUGUUAAUAUAGAAGUUAUUGGUGAGACAGUUGAAAACGACACUUUAUCCAUUGUUAAAGGCUCGAAUGUGUCAAUGAAUUGCAGUUUUGAAGCCAAUCCAGCAGUGUUUCGGAUGAUUUGGUUUCAUAAGGAUGACAUACUUAGUGAAAGUACGGACGAGGAAGUGUCUCCGACACAAAAAUUGGAUUUAGUUUAUGUUAGCGAAGAUGAGAGUGGCGAAUAUGCGUGCUCCGUUACUAACGACGAAGGAUUUAGUUAUAGCAAACCCGUCGUUAUAGAUGUCGUUUAUCCGCCAUACUGUGAAGAUGAAAGUGUGGUAGAAUAUGGAGUGGCUUCAGAAGAGUGUAUUAAUAUAACAUGUAAAGUUAAAUCGAACCCGCCUCCUACAGCUUACCGAUGGCUAUUGGUAAGCGAGGUGGAAGGUACGAAGCUGCAUACAAACCAGUCACAAACAUUGGAGACUGAUGACGAUACCCUUACGUAUCAGAGGCCUAAUUGCACUACAACGCUAGUAUACUGCUGGGGUUUGAAUUCCGUGAAAAGUAGUGAUCUUCUACAAACGAAAUGCACAUUUCUGGUGACGGAUGAGACUGUUCCACAACCUCCAUCUAAUUGUGAAGCCAUUAAGGAUAUGCAAGGAGAUGUCACAGUUACCUGUAAGGCAGGGCAUGACGGAGGAUUACCACAGAAAUUCAAAUUUAUCGUCACCGCAGCGGAUUCUGAAGAACAACUCGUUUCAAUAAUAAAUCAAGAGCCAAAGUUUAUGAUUGAAGAGCCCAAAGAAACAACAUAUAAAUUCAAUAUUAUAGCUUUUAACGAUAAAGGUGAAAGUAAAAUAAUAGAAUUGGAUAAGGAUAGCAUCAUUGAUGAGGGAAUUGACCCAGCUCUCACAAUUAGCGCAGUAACGAAUAUAACGACGCUAGCUUUGUCGUUAUGUGGGGGCGUGGCUCUGUUAGCUUUGAUCGCGUGCGGCCUGGUGCUUUGCGCUCACGACAGACAACAAAGACACGACCUGCCCAGAGAUUCACAUCCACCCCUAUGUGCUUAUACAACUGACGAAUCAAAUUGCGAGACAUGCAACGAUAGUGACGAGGGCAGCGAAUGUAAUAUACAUCGUACGGAAUCAUUCCGUAGAGCAAUCGCAAAGUAUCCCCAAAAAAACUAUGAUAUGCGAAGGACCAGCUCUUUCCACUCGGCCAGAUAUAUGAGAGAUAUGUCCGAGCCAGAACCGAAAUGUAUACAGACAAGACGUACGAACUGCAGAGUCCAUUCCCUACAGAAUAUUAGUAGGAAGAGAGAAAUGGAUACUCUGUGUGACCAUCUUGUAAUGCAUCUACCACCUGAACCAAGCUAUAAUGUGCCUAAGCCGAUGAAUACAUUCUACACUAUGCCACGGAAAACAAGACAUAGAUCGCAAAAAGAGGUAAGCGAUGAGACGUCCGAGAUUACCCAGGCAUCAGAUGGUUUCUCCCUUCCACCACCGCCAGAUGAAUUCGGCACUUAUCGAGCUGCAAGUAGGAUUAAGGACAUACCCAUAAAAUCAAUUCCCACAUACACUACUAUUAUUCGGCAAAAUUCAGGAAAGAAUUUAAAUAAAUAUGGUGCCAUGUCUCCUAUGAACACAGUGGGUUUGCCGAGUAUAAGUGGCCAGCCCAGCCUCUACACAUACCCAGAUGAUGAACAGGUAAAAAAGAAUCCUUUUGAUGAUGAAUCUUAAUUCGAUAGCUUUUUGUUUUAUUAUAGUCUUUUUUUCCGAAGAUCAAUAAAUUGUAGCUAAAAUUGUUGAAAUUAAUUUAUGUAAAUACUCUUCAUAUUGUAAAUGUAAGUGUACAAAUGAGUUUUUAACAGGUUUGGCUACCUAUAUACGACAUACUGUCUUCCUAAGUGACAAUAAUGUUUUAUUUUUCAAUGCGCUCAGACGGGAAUAUUGUAUGGAUGUAAUUAUAUUUAUAUAUAGAUGUUUAUUAUUUUAUUUAAGGCACUCGCUUUUAGCGCACUUAAAUCUUUUAAUGAGGGUAUCUUAAAAUGAAAUAGAUGAAUAUAUAUGUUGGUGCUGUACUUAGAGUCGUCAAUUAAAUUAGCGAGUAGUGUCCGCAGCCUUGGGCUAUCAGAAAUCGGGAAGACCUACGUCAGACAACGGGCCUAUAAAAUUGGUUGCUAAAAACUGUUUUUCUUACCAAUUAAUUGUUAUUUUGUUUGCAACUACCGGUCAGAGAAUAACGGCUUUAUUUAAUGUCAGCCGGAGGCUGGCUAUCAAUCGUGGGGUCUUGAGUUCGAAUAACUAGAUCACGAAAUAACAAUCUUAUCUUCCAAUUCUAUCUAUACGAUCGCAAAACAGAUUUAAAUCCGAGACUCUUGGCUUCAGUUUUUAAUGUUUCCUAGAUUUGCAGCCUCCAUUUUUUUACUAUAAAAUUUGUUUACGGCACAAUUUUCUAUAAUAUAAUGACAGUAAAAUAGUUUCUCUAAGCGUUUACACUAAAUUAUUCGUGUAUGUCAAAUUCAAUACGUUUUUGACAUAUGGGAGUUACAUUGACUCUGAAUCUUAAUUAACGUCUCUAAGUACGGAUGUAUAAAUGUAAAAUAAAAUUACAAACUUUCAAACUAAAUUAUUUGAUUUUAAUGUAGUUUUAAAACCAAAAACAAUUAGUUUUUUCAAUCAUUUUAUUUACAAAAAUAGAAGAUGUACUACACUUUAAUUCUUAUUUAAUAAUUGUUCAAUUAAACGUAUCAAAAUGUAACCAGUGAUAGUAUACAACACUGCCGAUAAAAAUUAAAACUAAUACAUAAUUUUAUAGAAAUUGUAUUUUUAAGACCAUGGGUGAAUUAAAAUAUAAAUAAAUUGUCUACAAUGUUUUCUUUGUUUAAUCCAUUCUGUCCAAAUGCGCUUGUGCCACAGUAAUUUUAUCGA